CUGCCGUUUCACAGAGGGAAGCGAGCGCUGGUCCGCGAGGCCACAAUGCGCAGAUGAGCCGGUGAUAACAGGCGAACCUCUUCCCCCCCCCCCUUAUUCCUACGCACACGUCGAGUUUGCGCCGACUCGAGAUUCACCAUGGGUGGCCUCCUCUUGCUCGUUGGCCUAUGCUGGCGCGCUCUCAACAGUUCAUUCAUGGCCGGAGCCUUGCCCCUAUCGAUGACGCUUUCACAAUCACAGCUCCGAUUGAUAUCGAGUAUUGGAGUCGGGGUGCUGGUCGGCACGUCUCUCGUCGUCAUUAUCCCCGAGGGCAUCGAAACUGCGGUUACCCCUGCAGAAGCCUCUCACCUUCACAAAGCACGGAGUUUGAUGCGAAGAUCGCCAUGGGCCCUCGGCGUUGAGCCCAGAGACAUCGUCAAGGCCUUUCCCGUUGUACACACCACAGUCCCUCUUCAUGCGAUACGAGCAGACGAACUGCCCGGCAUUCCACCGCGGAUCGAGAUUACAGAGAGUUACGAGGUUACGAAACGGCAAAACGAGGACGAAGACCUGCCGCAGGGCUCAUCCGAGACCACUUCGGAGCACGAGGAACACGAGGAGCACGGAGACGAAUCAGAUGGCGGAGAGCACCCCCAUGUUCACGAAGUACCGACAAUGGAGAUUGGCUUCUCCAUGAUCGCAGGCUUCAUCCUCAUGUUCCUCAUUGACAGACUCCCCAGGCAUGCCACCGAGAGCCUGCGGUCAACGCCAGAAACUCGCCACAUCAGCCUCGACGACCUCGCAGGAGGCGACACGGCAUCCAUCGACGAAGAAGCGGACGGCUUCUUAAACUCCCUAGCGCCGACCCCUCGACGAGCCCGCAGCCUGGCGACGACCACCGGACUCGUCAUUCACGCCGCAGCCGACGGCAUUGCCAUGGGGGCGUCUGCCACUUCGUCCAACAUGCGCCUGGGCUUUGUCAUUUUCAUUGCCAUCAUGAUCCACAAGGCCCCGGCUGCGUUUGGCCUGACGUCGAUUCUGCUCAAGCAGGGGCUGUCGAAGCGGGCGGCGCGAGGCCACCUGGUGAUUUUCAGCCUUGCAGCCCCUGUGGGUGCCCUGACGACGUGGAUCAUGAUCACGCUUCUGGGCGGGGACCACCUGAAGGGAUAUUCAGGGCAGUGGUGGACGGGCAUGUUGCUGCUCUUUUCAGGGGGGACCUUUUUAUACGUUGCGAUGCAAGCCAUGCAAGAGGACGGCGGCGCGCAUGGCCACGACCACGGUUCGGGCAUCAACGGCUACUCGGAUGCAAGCUCGGCACACCAACGAAAGCCAAAGGGGCCGCAGAUGCGAGACACCUUGGCCACGGUCGUGGGCAUGAUGAUUCCUCUUGUUGCCCAGUUGGGCCAUUAG